UUCAGUCAGCGCCGAGCACUCGCACCGACCGGAUACUCUCUCUCUCCUCUCCUCUCUCCUAUUCCUAACUCCCAAUCCAGUUAAAAAAGAACUUGGAACAAAUUUAUUUUCCGCGAUUUGGUUUUAAAGUUUGUUCAUUCAUCUCAUCUCUCGAAAGUGUAACACGACGACGUUACAUUAGACACCAGUUUGAAACAGUAAAAAAACAAUCGAAAUUUUUGCGGCUUGUCGCAUUCUCAGUCGAUCCAUGUGCGGAAGCAGUUUAGAAGCCAGCACCAUGCCGCGCUCCUUCCUCGUCAAGAAGAAUCAAAAUUACAGCCACUGUCCGCUAAAGAAGCGGCCGCUCUCCUAUUUCCUGCAGGAGAGUCUCGAAGCCGAGUCAGUCGCUGCCACAGAAGCCGCGCUGGUGACGUCGGCCAUGAGCGAAGAGCCGGAAAAUCUGAGCCUGAAACCGGAGGAUCGCUACGCGGCUGCCGAGCGUGAGCGCCAGAAUCAGAAGCGACUCCGCACUUUAUUGGAAGCGUCGGCGGCGGUGGGAUCUUCGAUGACGCCGGCCGCUUUGUCGCCGCCGCCGGCCCACCAGCCGCUCAAAUCGUGGACGCCGCCGUUGGGCCACCACCACCACCACUACGCGCCGGAACAUUCGGUCUCGCACAUCAUCUCCCAGGCCAGCAGCAGCCCGUCGCUGGCCGCCAAAUUGUCGACACCUUUGGAGCCACUGCACUUGAACAACCAGAUCAACGUGGCCGUGCCUUACCACCACCACCAUCACACCCAGCACCAGUACGCGCCUUACCUGCCGUUCAACUUUCCCGCCUAUCGCUCGUUCAGCACGGCGGCCAUCAGUCCGCUCUACCCGGCCGUCGCCGCCUCCAACAGCAGCCCGCACCGGCCCAGCAGCGAGCAGCUGUCGCCGUUCGCUCCCAGCGAGUCGGCCAGCCAGCAGCAGAGCUCACCGCUCCGAGUCCAGUGGCCGGAAUCAGUGGCCAUCAGCAGCGCCGUGGCUUUGAAAUUGUCAGAGUCGACCAGCGACAUUGAAGAUCUUUCCUCACCGGCCAGCGGAUCCAGCGGAUGCGAGGAGAGCGGCACCGAGUCACUCCUCCUCCAUCAUCACCACCACCACCACAGCCCGCCGGCCGGCCUUGUGCGGAGUAACAAGAAAACCGGAAGCAGUGCCUCAUCCACUUCAUCGGCCUCUUCAGCGUCUUCGACGUCGGCCGGAACGACGACGACGGCCCGCUACCAGUGCCCCGAUUGCCACAAGUCGUACUCGACCUACUGCGGCCUGACCAAGCACCAGGAGCUGCACUGCGCGGCCCAGCAGGCGGCCAACAAGAAAUCCUUCAGCUGCAAGCACUGCGAGAAGGUCUACGUCUCGCUGGGCGCCCUCAAGAUGCACAUCCGCACGCACACGCUGCCGUGCAAGUGCCUGCUGUGCGGCAAGGCCUUCUCGCGGCCGUGGCUCCUGCAGGGCCACAUCCGGACGCACACGGGCGAGAAGCCCUUCUCCUGCCCUCACUGCUCCCGCUCCUUCGCCGACCGCUCCAACUUGCGCGCCCACCUGCAGACGCACUCGGACGUCAAGCGCUACUCGUGCAAGUCGUGCGGCAAGACUUUCUCGCGCAUGUCGCUCCUCUCCAAGCACGAGGACGGCGGAUGCGGAUGCGGAGGAGCCAGCAACGCUUCCAGCGGCAGCUCAUCCGCCUCCUCGCCCUCGCCCAACGGCGCACAGCAGCAGCAGCUCCUGGCCGUUGCCAAGCGAGAAGUCGCUUGAAAAAAUAAAAAGAAGAAAAAGUUUGGUUAAGGUUACGAUCUCGACUUGUUUCGUAACCGGGGCAGAAACACCUUACGUGCUAAAUACCUGUUGGAUGAGCUUAGAUGCAUGUAGAGAGAGAGAGAGAAUUGUGUGUGUGUGUCUCCCCCCAUCCCCCCGUAUAGCCAUUCUUGGCUACUGUUCCAGUUGGUUGAUUUUGUCAUUUCUUUCUUCGUGUCCAACUUGAAAAAUUCUCUGAUUUUCUUCUUCUUUUUUCUGAAAUUUCUGGAGGGCCAUCCACCUGACGAGUCCACCCUCCUAAAAAUCAGUUUCUUCUUCUUCUUUUUUGUGCGAGUAGUGACAAACUCGACCAAAAGGAAAAGCCACAAAAGGAAUUCGCCGUGCCAAAAAAAAAGGAAAAACACAAUUUCUGUCAGAGGAGGAAUUCAUUUCUGUGUGUCGCUCCCCAAAGUCCUUCUUUUUCUUGAAAUUUCUAUCGCAAAGGUGAAACAUUCUUUUGAACCUCUCUGAAUUGUCUGCGACAUUGAUGAUGAGCCGUUCACGGAUAUCAUCAUCAUCGGGGGUUUAGAGAUUAUUGGUACAGAAACAAACCCAGCCCUAGUCAUCGAGCCUUUGCUCAACAUGUUCACAUCCUUCCCCGUUUUAUUCUCUCUCUCUCUCGCCACCAAAAGUACCACAGAAAAUUGUCUUUUUUUUUGAGCUGCUGGCAGCUGCUGCUGCCCAUCUCUUUAUAGAUAUCUCAGAUUCUAUUUUAUUCAUUUUUAUUUUGUUUCUUUUUUCCACACCAUCUCACACGAAGAUGAUGCGGACACACAAACAAAACAGAACCCGAACCAGUUUUUUCUUUGAUGAUGUACCCUUCUCCAUGUUUUCUCUUUGUUUUUAAAAAAAAUGAAAAUUUCAUAUUUUCUUUUCGAAAUCCCCGAUUUGUAUCUUUGUAUCGACGUUAUAGAUAUACUGUAUAACCCCCCCUCUCUCAUGUGAAACGAGCAGCUACAACAUAGAGUCUCUUUUAAUUCAUGGGUGUUUGCGUGUCUGAGAGUUUUUCGGGGGAUGUCCGACUGUAUAAUAUCGACGUGUAUUUUUUCAAUAUUUUUUCAGUGGUCCUGGACACUGGUCUGGUCAAAAAGGCGAGAGAGAAAGACAAGGAAAAAAUCAAACAAUUUUUUUUCUUUCGUUCUAUUUUCUCCUCUUUUUUCUCUUUUAUAAAAGAUUUUUUGGAUUUCUCCCACCCAAGCUGGAGUUGAAGCACUCCUUUUACCUUAAAAACACAAAAAAAGCCUCGCCUAUAUUAUUAUAUAUACAGUAUAUAUACCCGUGUGUGUGUGUGUGUGUCUACUCAAUUUCUGAUUAAGAAUAUUUUGUCUUUUUUGGCUCGUUUUCCCAACUCAGCAACUCAACUUUUUGAUAUAUAUUUUGUCACUCUCUCAUUGGUCCCCACUUUUUCCUCUCUCCCUAUACCUUUUUACAGAUUUAUAAAUAAUUUCUUGAAUGCCCAGUGCCUUUGUAUAAUGUACGUAGUUAUUUAAAAAACGACAAAUAAGAAACAAAAUUCAAACAAAAA